AUGGACAGUAGCCUUCAGCACAACACAACCAAAAUCUUGUCAACUCAAGAGUCCAGAGAAGCUCUGUCCAACAGACUCACCAUGAUCAGCGGGGCCAAACCACUCGCUUUCUCCAUUGAGCGGAUCAUGUCGAGGACUCCUGAGCCCAAAUGCCUCCCAGUCGCCAGUCUGCUGCAAAGUUCUGCACCCAAAGGGGACCAAAAGCCAGGCCUCCAUAUCAACUCCUCGUCCAUACCCCGCAUGAUCCCUUUUGUCCCUGUUGCUUAUGAGCAUUGUGCUAAAAUUGGCAUCUCUGGUGCUGAGCUGAGGAAAAGCCAUGUGGAUUCCUCUCCCCCGUUUAGCUGCAGUGAUCUGCUGAACUGUGCCCUGACCCUGAAGGGAGACUUUCCACGAGAAGCUCUGCCUCUGCAGCAGUACAAACUGGUGAGACCUCGGGUGGUAAAUCACUCCUCGUUCCAUGCCAUGGGGGCAGCAUUCUGUUACUUUAACAGGGGGGACAGUGAGUGGCACCCGCCAGCCAGUAUCAAUAUCCACCCCAUGGCUUCCUACUUCCUAGGCUCCCCCUUGCACCAAGCCCCCAAAUGCUAUGUGGCUGCUGAGAGGAACAAGCUGCUGGCUCCUUCUGUGGAGAAGUUUCCUUCAGGGGUGACAUUUAAGGACUUGUCCCAAGCUCAAUUCCAGCAUUACAUGAAGGAAGGGCCUCGCUCCCUCUCAGACAAGAUCACUUUUAAAACUUCUGCCAAAUUCAGCAGCGCUUCCCCCAGCAGCAAACCCAAAGUUUUCACGUGUGAAGUAUGUGGAAAGGUGUUUAACGCGCACUACAACCUGACUCGGCACAUGCCAGUACACACCGGGGCCCGGCCCUUUGUCUGCAAGAUCUGUGGCAAAGGAUUCAGACAAGCGAGCACCCUGUGCCGCCACAAGAUUAUCCACACCCAGGAGAAGCCCCACAAGUGCAACCAGUGCGGGAAAGCUUUCAACCGAAGUUCCACGCUGAACACUCACACCCGGAUCCACGCCGGCUACAAGCCAUUUGUGUGUGAAUUCUGCGGCAAGGGCUUCCACCAGAAAGGUAAUUACAAGAAUCACAAGCUCACUCACAGCGGGGAGAAGCAGUUCAAGUGCAAUAUCUGCAACAAAGCUUUCCAUCAGAUCUACAACCUGACCUUCCACAUGCACACGCACAACGACAAGAAACCCUUCACCUGCCCCACCUGCGGCAAAGGCUUCUGUAGGAACUUUGACUUAAAGAAACACGUGCGCAAGUUGCACGACAGCAGCGGCAGUAGCGCGGGGACGCGUGGGUUAGGCGCUACAGGACACCAGGAGCUUCACCUACCAAAUAGGGAGCAGUCCCACACAAUAAUCCAGAGCCCACAGCUCCAAAAAUCGGUGUACUGA